CAAAAAACAAUAACACAUUUUUCAUUCUCCAAACCUUUCUACUAUCCCUUUCAAAAGGCAAAGCCAUGGGGUUCAUAAAAGCAAUAAUCAUCAUAGCAAUGACCAUGGCUUUGUCCCUCACAAUCACAAUGAAAACCAUCUCACAAAACGAAUCGAACCCGGCAUCGGUUAACCAGGAUCUUCCUUCACAAGACAUAUCAUCAACAUUCCUCCAUGAGAAAAACAAGUUUCUUCCUUCCAAGAGGGUGACUCGCCUCUUAGCACAAAACCCUAAUGCGCCGAUUCAUUGUCACAAAGACAACGAGAUUUGCUACUUAUUCGGCGCAAAAAAUGCCACAUGUUGCAACAACCAGUGCAAGGAUUUGCAACAAGAUAGGCAUAAUUGUGGAGUGUGUAAGAAGCAUUGCAAGUUCACUAAUGAAUGUUGUAGAGGAGAAUGUGUUGAUACACAUUAUGAUAAGAGGCAUUGUGGAGGGUGCAAUUAUAGGUGUGAACCUGGUAAGUAUUGUGUCUAUGGAAUGUGCAAUUACGCAUAAGAUAUUUAUUUAUUGAGUCUCCAUUAUAGGGUCUUAUAUUAUACAAUAAAAGAAACCACAUUUGUGAUGGUAUUCUCAAUUAAGUUGUUGCUUAUAUAUAGUAUAAUAUAAUUGUAGCUGCUUAAAUUUGCAGUGUUCAAGUGUUUCUCAAAGUAAAGUGAUAUUCC